GUUUUUUUAUAAAUAAAUCAUGCAUUUGAGAGCUCCUUUUGUUGGAAAGAUGCUUCCUUUGUUGAUCAAUAGCGUUGGUUCUCGGAGAAUAUCAAGUGUUUGUAGAAAAGAGAUGACAUUUGGAAAUGUUUAUACUACUGAGAGAUUUGCUUCUCAUCUUGAAGCCUGUGUUGAUGCUGGAUCUCUGAGGAAGGUUCAUGCUUGCAUCUUUGCUUGUGGAUUUGGUGAUAAUAUUUUUCUGGGAUCCAAGCUUGUGAAUGCUUAUGCUGAUAUCAGUGCUUUAUGGGAAUCCAGAUUGGUGUUUGAUAGAAUCAUUAACAGGAAUCUUUCUCUUUGGAAUUCGGCUAUUGUCGGGUAUUCUAGAGCUGGAUAUUUUGAGGAGGUUUUGAGGUUAUAUUCAUGUUUGAAGAUGCAGGACAUUGGUGUUGAUAGUUCUGCCGUUGUGUUUGGUUUGAAGAGUUGUCAUGAGCUUGGGAUGAUGGACUUUGGAAGAGGAAUUCAUGGUGAUGCUUAUAAAGUUGGAUUGCAUGGAGAUAAAUUCGUUGUUCCUUCUCUUGUCAAGUUGUACUUCAAAUGUGGAAUUAUGAAAGAUGCAGAUAGGGUGUUUGAGGAGAUUUUUGAGAAAGAUAUUGUGGCCUACACCUCAAUGAUCACUGGGUAUGCACAACAGGCUGGUUUUCAUGUGAUGAAAGCUUUUCAAAUUGCCUGUGAGAUGCAUAGGGAGGGAUUGGAUGCCAAUCGAGUGUCGCUGGUGAGUUUGCUUCAGGCUGCGGGGAAGGUGGAAGCUCUUCAUGAAGGUCGAUCAAUUCAUUGCUAUGCUAUGAGGAGAGGAAUUGAUCUUUCAGAUGAAGUUCUCGAGACUAGUUUGGUCGACAUGUAUGCUAAAUGUGGUGCUAAGGUGGAAGCAGUAUCUUUUCUGAGACAAAUGAGAAGGUCUGUUGCUUCAUGGAAUGCGUUGAUUGCAGGCAUCAAUUCAUAUGAUUGUGAUCGUAGUUCUGAAGCUUUGCAUCUCCUCUGUCAGAUGGUGCAUCAAGAAGGCUUGUACCCAAACUCAAUCACCUUAGCGAAUGUUCUGUCAGCUUGUUGUGAAUCAACCUAUGUGCAUCUGGUCACAAGCAUCCAUGGAUAUAUAAUCAGAAGGGAGCUCCCUCCUGAUUUGGUCCUCACUACUGCUCUCAUCGAUGGUUAUUCGAGAUGUGGUAAAGUACACAAUGCUAGGGAAUUGUUUAAUUGGCUCAAAGUGAGAGACACAAUUUUAUUUAAUGUGAUUAUUUCUGCAUAUCUUCGCAAUGGAGAAAUUGACGAGGUGAUCAAAAUGCUCGAUUGGAUGUUUGAAGAAGGGGUGAGACCAAAUACAGUUACUUUGUUAGUUCUGUUGUCAGGAUUUGCCAAUUUGGAAGAUCUAAGAAGAGGUAGAUGUAUUCAUGGUUGUGUACUCCGUCAGGGUCUCCAAACAAACAUGGAUGUUUCCAAUCAACUUCUGCACAUGUACACCAAAUGUGCAUCCAUUGAUGUUGCAAGAAAAUUUUUUGACUCAAUGACAAAUAAGGAUUUGGUUUCAUGGACUACAAUGAUGAUGUGUUAUGUAAAUCAAGGUCAUGCAGAUGAAGCUCUGGCUUUGUUUCGGCUAAUGCAGAGAAAUGGUGACAAGCCUGAUUCAGUGACUCUUAUUACCUUGAUUCAGGCACUUUCCCUGCUCGGCUUAUUAGAACAGAUAAAAGAAAUUCAAGGGCACAUCUACAGGAUUCGGCCGGAAAGAGAUUCAGCAAUUACUAGCGCUCUAAUUAUGGCAUAUGCAAAAUGUGGAAGGCUGGAUUUGGCUGAGUUGACUUUCUGUAAUGCGGCCGAUCAAACACUGAACUUGUGGAACACAAUGAUAUCUGCAUACGGGAUGCACGGGUACUGCCGAGAGGCCCUCAAGCUCUUUCAUCAAUUGCAAAACCAAAAUCUUAGACCAGAUAGCUUGACAUUCUCUUCAGUGCUCUCAGCUUGCAGCCAUGCUGGCUUGGUAGAAGAGGGCAGGGAUAUCUUCAAUUCCAUGAAAUCCAAAUACUCAAUUGCACCACAAGAAGAACACUACAGUUGCAUCGUUGAUCUAUUAGGCCGAGCCGGUCAUCUUGAGGAAGCAUAUGAGUUUGUGAACUGUUCUCCUUUGCGAAAUAAGACCAGUGCAUUGUCUGCUUUGCUCGGUGCUUGCCGAGUUCAUAGAAACACUCAAUUGGGAGAGAUCAUUGGUUUGCAGCUCCUUGAACUUGAUCCUCAGAAUUCUACUACUUUUGCCAUGGUUUCCAACAUCUACGCCGAGGCUGGUAAGUGGCGCGACGCCGCAACUUUGAGACUUGUUGCCAGAGAAAGAGGUUUGCGAAAAAUGCCUGGUUAUAGCUUAGUAGAAUUAGAAAAUUGAGAUUGAUUUCUCUACAAAUUGUAUAGAUUAAUCAUCUCUAGUUAGAGCAGCCAUGAGCAAUAAUGAAAUUACCUGCAAAGCAUCAUGGUAGAGUUUUGUAGUUGAUUGAUUGUUAAUUACUUUGUUCAUUUAUCUUCUGAGAUAUAAAGAUUGCUGAUAUUUUCUUUGCAAGUUAUA